UGGCGGCGGGUGGAGGAGACCGCGGGCGCGGAGGGUUGUCCCCGCGGAGGGAGCGCCCCGGCAUCACCGGGCUUCGAGCCGCCGCUGCCGCCUCUUGUCUGUGCUGGCGCUGGUCGGAGUUGUCAUCCGGGACUAGGCUGGGCUUUCUCGUCGUAUUUCACGUCUGUCAUUGCCUGGGAAACUUCACGAGCUCGAAACAACUUUGAGCGGAAAAAGAAAAAAGUAAUUUUCUUUAAUGUUAUAGCUGCUGGAAAACACAGUCGGCAAGUUCCUCUUAUAAUUGCAGCAUCACUCCUUUGGAGGAAGCGAGACCUGAACAUAGGAUCGCAGGGAAAGCACUUAAUCUCAACUCCUUUUGUGUAAUGUGUGGAAAGACUAGGCUUUUCUGUGCCAUGCAGUUUAUGUUGCUUUUUAGUCGCCAGGGGAAACUGAGACUCCAGAAGUGGUAUGUCCCAUUAUCUGACAAAGAAAAGAAGAAAAUCACAAGGGAACUUGUUCAAACAGUAUUAGCCCGCAAGCCGAAAAUGUGCAGCUUCCUGGAAUGGAGAGACCUGAAGAUUGUCUACAAAAGAUAUGCAAGCCUUUAUUUCUGCUGUGCGAUUGAAGAUCAAGACAACGAACUAAUAACUCUAGAAAUAAUUCAUCGCUAUGUAGAACUUCUUGACAAGUAUUUUGGCAGUGUAUGUGAACUUGAUAUCAUCUUCAAUUUUGAAAAAGCCUAUUUCAUUCUGGAUGAGUUCCUUUUAGGAGGGGAAGUUCAGGAGACUUCCAAGAAAAAUGUUCUCAAAGCCAUUGAACAGGCAGAUCUUUUACAGGAGAGCCAGAAUGAAGACUGGGGAGGUUUGUCUGAGGAUAUCUUAUGAUUAAGAGCAAUCUAAGGCAUUAGCCCUUUUGACCCCCAUCUAAAUGAUUGGAAGCAGAGACCCCACGUAGUGUACUUGAAGAAAUUGGAUUGACAUAAAUCUUCACUUCAGCUGAUGACAUAUUAAUGUUUCAUACUGUAAAUGUUCACUGCCUUCAUUGUAAUGUUUAGCUAAUGGUGUAAGAUGCUGUUUGUCAGUAUUACUGUUUUGCUAAGCUGCUUCAUUCGGGCCUACAAGAAAAAUACUCCUUUUUGAAAAGGGAGUAAGAAAUUAAAAAGUCCAGAAAUCGUAAAUGAAAGGGAAUUACAUUAAAAUUGACUCAGUGUCUCAUGUUGCUGCAUUUAUAACAAAAUUGCAUUUGACUUCAGUAAGUGUACUGUUUUUUUAUAAGCAAACUUGACUUCAGGAAAUAAGUGUAUCAUUAUGACAUAUCUAAAUGAAAAGAAACUAUGAAAUGUUAUGGUGUAGAAAUUGUGUUUAUGCAACCAAAGACUUUGUUCAUCUACAUUUCAGUCACCAAUUGUGAUAAUUCUGCUUAUUUCAGUUGAUGCAUAAAGCUUGGAAAUGCUAGUUUAUUACUGAAUUUGUCAUUAUACCAAAGAAUCCUGUUAGGAUCUGCAUAUCUCACUGGUAAAAACUGUUAAGGUGAUACAGCUUUUGCAAGAAAACUGCAAACUGCUUAACUCACUAGGCAGGAAAUGUAGCUACUCUGAGCAAAACUCUGCACGUUCCUAUGCUAAAAAGGGAAUGUGUGAAUUUAAAAAAAAAAGGAAACUUUUUAAACUUAAAAACCUCUGCACAUAAACACUAAAAAGGAGGUAGGCUUUCAGACUGUAUAGAGGUGCAUAAUGAAAAUUAGAUAAUUUUGAAGAUGGGGAAGAGGGAGCUUUAUAAAAGUGACUUUUCAUUGUUUUCUUUCAAACUCUACAAAUUAACUUGUAUUUAUUGGUGGUUUAUAUUUAUGCUUUAAUGGGUAUAUAGGUACCUUAAAAAAACCCAAAUCCCACAGUAAAGGUCAAUGUCAUUUUAACUGCUUUUCUUAACUUACACCUUUAACUGUGACACAUCCCUUACAACACUCGUGUGUGACAUACAGUUGAACCAACUAAUUUGUAGUUAAGAGCUUUUAAAUAUUAGAUUUGUACAGUAGAUUCACUGCAACUUACGUCAAAUGAUAGCAAGUAAUAUUUUGACACUUGGAGCAGCCAAGCAGUAGUUAUAAAUGAAACCUCUUUCACUUGCUUGAGGGAAUCAGAUUCAUGUAUACUUUUGAGGUCAUGCAUCAUGCUUUAGACUAGCCAAAUUCUGCUGUGCAUCUGCAUGGUCUCUGAGGAGGCAGAGCUGCUUCCCUCUCUUCCUCCCUCCCCAGUAACUUCACUCUAAGAGUUAAUAUUUUGGCUUGUUUGCUUGAGUCAGUAGUGCCACGUUUUCACAAACCUUAGCUUUGGCGCUGUUGCUGGAAGCAGUCAAGCACUGCUAGUAUAAGCAUUUACAUAGCCAUCUGGAGAGCCAGACUGCCAGCUUGAUGCCAUCUAGGUUAAAUUUAACCCACUGGGACUGGCUUAGUGUUGCCACAGCCACCCCUGAUACAGAUCCCAGUAUAAAUAAAUGCAUGGGGCAGCAGAAGGGCAGUGCCAGGGUGGAGCGUAUGGACUCACUCCUUCGGCCCUUUCUGGGAUUUAAACAUAUGAAUUGCUGGAGACUGUUUCUGUUCUAGGGCACACCAAGGCAGUGGUUUGCAUUUCCCCAGUGCAUGACCUGCAGGGGUAGGCAAGGGGAAGGUGGUAGCAGAAUGACCCUUGUGUGAGCUUGAAGCACUAAAAUUACCUUAAAUCAAAUCUGAAGCAAUUUUGUAUGUAUUAAACAUGUUUUUAAUGUUUACACUGUCACUUGUAUGUGCUUGGCUGGAUUAAGCUUUGUUGUGGUUGUGACAAACUGUUUGACCUCUGUCUGUCAUAUUGGUUUAGUUGUAAUAAAUGUCCAUUUUUACACCA